UUGAUUGCACGAUGAAAUUCAGGCUCAACUCGGUAAGCAAAUGUUCUGGCCGGUUAGGCAUUUUGGGCGGACUGGAGCGUUUGCCAAAUUUGGCGCUUCAUACGCCGGGCCUAAUUUUCCACACGAAGGGUGGCAGUAUUCCGCACGUGAGCAAGGAAGUUCUGCAACACAUUUCGCCCGAGCCGCAGUUCCUGCAACUUAGCAUUUCCAACACGAUUCACAUGGAAGAAGCGGUUCGCGGCUGUCGGACAACAAUCGGUGAAUUUAUCGCUCAGAAGGAUGCCGCCAGCAUGCUGGUGCUCCGGGAUCCUAGCGAAACACCCAUCGCCGGUGUCCCGGAGCGUGACUCGGUACCGAUUUACACACGGUGCGGUCGGCGCAAUGUAACGGCCGAGCAGUAUAUGGAAACCGUGGAAACCUUUCAACCGGACCUGUACGUGCCACUGUUCGAUGGUGACACGGACGUGGGUUGCUCGAAGAAGCGGGAACAAAAGUCGCUUGAUCGGACCGAAAGGUUUGUGGCACGAUGUCUAGAGUGGCACCGGCAGUCGGACAAGCUACGCUCGGCCAACAUUAUUGGGCCCGUCGUUGGAGGGUACAAUGUGAAGCUGCGUGAAAAGGCGAUCGAAUGGUUGCGACAAUCGGACGUAGACUUUGCCGGUUACCUUAUCGAUGGAUUGCACACCAAUGAUCCGGCCACAGUUACGCAACUGGACUCCGCGGUCCUCUUGCCCGUCGUUUUCUCCGUUUGCCGCGCGCUUCCAGAGGAGAAGAUUCGCCUGUGCUUCGGGGCGUACGAUCCGAGCGUGAUCCUCGAUAUGGUUUGCGCUGGGGUCGAUGUGUUCGAUACGAGCUUCGCGUACGUGAAGGCAGCGCAGCAACAUCGGGCAAUCGUGUUUUCGUUCGACGUUGCGACUACGGCCGAGGUGGACAAGCUCACCACGGAGCUCGAUACUAGUGAUGCGCAGUGGGCGGAAGAUUUCGGUCCCCUUCUGUCCGGGUGCAGUUGCUACACGUGCCAGACACACUCCCGGGCGUACGUUCACCAUCUGUACAAUACGCGGGAAAUGUUGGGACCCAUUUUGUUGAUGAUUCACAAUCUUCAUCAUUACAUGGAGUUUUUUAAAAGCAUUCGCAGCCAUGUGGCCAACGAUACGGUGGCGGAGUUGAAAGAGCACCUUUCACGGCAACAGAAGCUGCCUCCGUACGCACCGAAAAGCGAGCAGCUAAAGCCGUCCCCAGCGAUGGUGGAAAAGGAACCGGAUUCGAUCGCGGUUGAUCAAGAGCAGAAGCUGAUCAAGAAACAGCGAUCUUAGC